AUGGCGACGGCAGCCGCCGCCGCGGCUGCUACCGCGGAAUUUGGAUUGGCGGAUGGGCCACUGGUGAAGCCGGCGGAAGUGGCGGAGGCGGAGGAAGCGGAGGGAGUGGAUGGCGAAGAUGAGGAAGAAGAAGAGGAGGAGGAGGAAGAGGAGGAGGAGGGAGAGGGAGAAGGGAGAAGGGUGGAGGAAGAAGAGAGGCCGUUGUUGAGCCCAAUUACGGGGGCCAUGGCGGCCGAGGUGGAAAGGCAAAAAGGAGACGAGAAGCCCUGGCCGCCGAGACACAAAGGAGGGGCGGUGGAAGAGCAUGCGGAAAGGCAGGAGGUAGCAGAAGAGGAGGACGAUGCGGAUGAGGAGGAGGAGGAGGAGGAGGACGAUGAAGAGGAAGAGGAGGAAGAAGAGGAAGAGGAGGAGGAGGAAGAGGAUGAGCAGGAGGGCAGUGAGGUGGACGAAGUGGCGGGGCAAAGUCGAAAAGGUACCGGCAAUCCACAGGCGAGAGCGGCGGCCGUGGCCGCUGUCUGCUGA